AUCAGAUACAUCCGUUUUGGAACGUCUCCAUGGCUGCUGUGACAGUGCCAUCUCUGUCGCCUCUGCAGAGAGAGGCGCUCCAACGGACGCCUCAGUUGCGGCGCCACAGAGGAACGCAGCGAAGCUUUCGUGCGGAGGGAGCAGCAUGGCCGACAGGCCAGCAGCGGCUGUGCCAAGGCUUGCUCCGUGCCGCGCUUCUUGCGCGGCUGGGUCACAGGCUCCAGAGCUGCUCGCAGUCCCGAACGCCCCGACCUCGCUCGUGCCGCCGCGCGGUCGCACGACGGCCACCCUCCCAGGGUGAGGCGGAGUACUUCAAACCGUUGGUGGAAGGAGAUGUGCUCUCCGCUUCGCUCCGCCAGCGCUGCAUUGUUGGCUCCAUGUUUGUGCUUUUGUCUCUGGGCCUGGCGAAGGUGGCGCUCCUCUCCGGGAGCUGUGCCGCACCACAGGUGCUGCUCUACGCCUGCGCGGUGGUCGCCGGGGUGGAGUUCGCCGACUUUGGCACCGGGGUCUACCACUUCUCGGUGGACAACUAUGGGAGCGCCCAGACGCCCAUCGUGGGAUCUCAGAUUGAGGCCUUCCAAGGCCAUCAUGAAGAGCCUUGGACCAUCACCUACAGGGACUUUUGCAACAAUUGCUUUCCCACCUGCAUAGCCACAAUGCCAUUUCUCCUGGGCUUUGAGCUCUUCUGCCCAUCGCCGGUGGUUCUCUUGUGGGCCAUCGUCGCCUGUGCCGGCAUCGCCUUUUGCCAGGAGUUUCACAAGUGGAGCCAUACGCUCCGGUCGCAGUGCCAUCCAGUCAUCAACUGGCUGCAAGACCGUGGAAUUCUGGUGCAUCGAUCGGCACACCUGCGCCAUCACAAGCCGCCCUUUGAGACGAACUAUUGCAUCGUGACGGGGCACAUGAAUCCGAUCCUGGACAGGAGUGGCUUCUUCACCCACCUCGCAGCGCUGAUCACUCGCAUCACUGGAGUGAAGCCCCGAUGCGAGACGGGUGAUCGCUUCAACUACCUGCUGGACAGGCGAGAGUAGAGUGGCUUGUGGAGUGGCUGGCGUUGUCGCACGGAGUUUGAUGGGAAGUGGCACGUGAGAUC